CGGCGGCUUUCCUACAUUUUCACGGAGUUCCAGAGACCUCUAAUCGUUUGCUCUUAACAAAUAAAACAUCUGAUUAAUCAGAUUCCUCAUAAUGUUCAAGAAAUCGAGUGAAGCAAAGGCACAACAGCGCUUGUCUGGAGCCGAUCGCAAGAAGCUCAAAAGGACCAUUAAGGAGAGGUUUUCACAUGCCUCAGAUGCUGAUAUCGAUACAAUUUUGCCUCCAAAGGCGGAAAUAACUGUUGCAAAAUAUCCAAACCGAGCUCAUGCCUAUGCAAUAGAAGGAGGCCCCCCUGUGCUCUUUGAUGUUGAUGGGCGAGGCACUGAUAUAUUUCCUACAGUCUACGCACUUUGGAAAGUCCCGGACUUGCUGCCUUCUUUUAUGCUCAAAGGCGGUGAAGUAUCUCGCUUCAUUAUUGGUGGGGCGGAUUUAAUGUUUCCUGGUAUUAGUAUACCACAAGAGGGUUUCCCUUCAUUCUUGGCAGGUCAACCAUGGGCUGUAAAAGUACCGGGAAAUGCUGCACCUAUUGCUGUUGGAACCACCACAAUGAGUAGCACUGAAGCAUUAAAAGCGGGUUUGCGUGGCAAGGCUUUGCGAAUAAUGCAUUAUUAUCAUGACUUACUAUGGGAAUCAGCAGAAAAUCAUUAUGUGCCCAAUGCAGGGUUUCUAGAAGAUGUUGUUUUGGAAGAUCCUGUUUUACAGCAGAUGUGCCAAACAUCUGCUUCGUGUGAAUAUUUUUUAAAUCCUUCAAAUGAUUCAGUUAAUGUUGAUUUAGAAGAAGGACAAUCAGUGGAUCUCCAAGAGGUCCAUUCAGAAGGGAAUGAGAUAGCCUCUGUUCAUUUUGAUGCCAAAAACAAAGUUUCUAGCAAUAUAACUGAAGAUAUGAGUAGUUUGAAUGUAAUGGAAUCUGUUGUUGCUCCUGCUGAAGCGCCUAAUGAUGAAAAGGAGCAAGUGACGCUCAGUGUUGAAGAGAUAGAUUCCCUUUUGGACAAGUGUCUUCUGCAAGCCUUGCACACCACUGUCAAAGAUAAAGAUUUCCCUAUGUCUGGGAGCAGCUUAUGGUCGAGCCAUGUCUUGCCUUGUAGGCCUGAAGGCAUCACUCUUGACAUCAAAAAAUCAUCACACAAGAAGCUCUCUAAAUGGCUGCAGUCAAAAUCCUCUUCGGGACUGAUUUCGGUGAAGGAAGACAAACAUAAGAAGGAGUUCAUGUUACUCUCUGUAAAUCGGGUGCACCCUGACUUUACAUCCUUUAGGCCUGAAAAGAAACGAGCAGAACGCAUGGAUGAAAACUCUGAAUCUAUUAGUGGUUCAAGCCAGCAAAUAAAGGGGCAGCUUGAGGUUGUGGAGACCUACAAACCCACAACUCACGUGAAUCCAAUCUUCACUGCACUUGGGGCUGAUACAGGGAAAUACUACAGUGCAUCAGAAGCAACUGAAUUUGUUUUUUCUUAUGUAGAGAGAGAAAAUUUGGUUAAGCCAACUGACAAGGCAUAUGUAGUCCUGAAUGUGACCUUGUGCGAUGCCCUCUACAAAGGAACAGUGAAGAAGGGAACCACAUACCCUACUAUGAUACAUAAGAAGGAUUUGGGGGGGACAUUCGUAAACCGAAUGCAAAUACACCAUAAGGUGACGAGGGGAAAUGAAUCUGUGGUCCGGAAGGGAGCGCUGAAAACGGUUCAAAUAAUGACGGAGCGUAGACAAGGAAACAAGAAAGUCACAAGAGUGUCGGGCCUCGAAUCUUUCUUGAUUGAUGCUGAAGCAUUAGCAUCAGAAUUGCAAAAGAAGUUUGCAUGCAGUACCACUGUGGCAGAGCUUCCAGGUAAAAAAGGACAGCAUGAAGUGUUGGUUCAAGGUGGAGUCAUUGAAGACCUAGCCAAGCACCUUGUAGAGCAGUGUGGCAUCCCCAAAAGGCCAAAAGGUUAUACUCUCUCCAUGGAGCAGAAGCCACUCCCUCAGGUGAUCGUGUUUAGGAGUUAUCUUUAUGAAAAUCCUAUUUAGGAGUAUUUGGGGAGCUAAUCUUUGGCAAGGGAACCUCCUCAACCUGGUGAACAACCUCAGGAAAAAAAUAAUGAAAAUCGUAUGAUUUCAUAUGCACUUGAGAAAUGCUUCAAAAAGAUAGUAUCGUAAGAUUGAAUAGAGAUCAUCCAAUUUUUUACCGGUGAGGUUAAAGCAUCUAGGCUUAAAAGUGCUUGUGAUUCUAAAGUGGAUAAUAAAGUUUCCUAUGGAAGAAACCCUGUUUCUUGGAAGUGAUCCUCUUGAAAUCUUUUGCGGGCUGGUGAUUGCACGGUGUUUGGAACUGCCUAAUAGUAAUCAUAGGAAUACACAUUUUUUAUUUGUUGUUAUAAUUUGUAAAUGUCUGAUUGGCUGGGUGACUGGUGAAGUGGUCAUACUCUAAUUACUACUGGGUGGUUCUUGUAAAUUAA